UUUUUUAUUAGUCCCUCUGAAUAGUUGUUACGAUGGGUGCGGGUAGCGAGUGUCGGACUCUUACCAUGACGGGUCACGUGGGAUUUGACUCGCUUCCUGAUCAGCUUGUGAAUAAAUCUGUUCAGAAUGGAUUCGCCUUUAACAUCUUGUGCGUGGGUGAAACCGGAAUCGGCAAAUCAACUUUGAUGGACACUCUUUUCAAUACAACCUUCGAUUCCAAGCCGUCUUCCCACAAUCUUCCCAAGGUUCGAUUGGAGGCGCAGACUUAUGAACUUCAGGAGAGCAACGUUCGAUUGAAGCUGACUAUUGUUGAUACUGUUGGAUAUGGUGAUCAAGUGAACAAGGAAGACAGCUUCCAAUCCAUCGUGCAGUAUAUUGAGCAGCAGUUCGAAGCGUAUUUGCAGGAAGAGCUCAAGAUCAAACGCAGCUUGAACGUAUACCACGACACCAGAGUUCAUUGUUGUUUGUACUUCAUCUGCCCGACUGGUCAUGGGUUGAAAGCGAUCGAUCUUGUGUGCAUGAAGCAACUGGAAUCCAAAGUUAACAUCAUACCGAUUAUUGCGAAAGCUGACAACAUCUCUAAGGCAGAAUUGUCGAAGUUCAAGCAGCGAAUAAUGUCGGAGUUGAAAGCAAAUGGUGUCCGUAUUUAUCAGUUCCCGACUACCGAUGAAACUUGCGCAGAAACAAACUCAACGAUGAACUCAAUCCUGCCGUUCGCCGUUGUGGGCAGUAAUGAAUUCGUUAAAGUUGGUAACAAAAACGUCCGCGGCCGUCAGUACCCUUGGGGUGUUGUGCAAGUGGAAAACGAGUCUCAUUGCGACUUCAUGAAGUUGAAAGAAAUGCUAAUUCAAACUAAUAUGGAAGAUCUUCGUGAGAAAACUCAUACAGUUCACUUCGAAGUUUAUCGGAAGCUGCGACUCGAACAGAUGGGUUUCUUGGAUGUCGAUGCGAACAAUAAGCCUAUAAGCUACCAGGAAACGUUUGAACAGAAGCGUUCGCUGCAUCAAGCGGAAUUGACUCGGCGAGAGGUUGAAGUUCGGGAAGCGUUUGUUGCUCGCGUGAAAGUGAAGGAGCAGGAGUUGAAAGAAGUCGAAAUGGAACUUCACAUGAAGUUCGAAAGCCUAAAAAAAUUGCAUGCGGAGGAGCGACGACGUGUUGAGGAUGGGAAAAAGAAGUUGGAAGAGGACCGAUCAGAAUUUCUACGCCUGAAAACUUUGUACACGCAAAUUUUGAAUGAUAAGCAGAUGUCGCACCAUUCAUCUUCUUCAGGGCUCCAUACUCUGACGUUAGGCAAAAGCAAGAAAAAGUAGAUACGUGUGGGAAAUUUUCCCAGAAGCUUAUAUUUACUUUGCAUGAGAACUUCAGAAACAAGCUCUUCCUUAUUUAAUUCGCUCGAUACGACGUUUUAUGUUUACGAAGACAUUUUUUCGCAUAAUGCGCUAGCAUUCCUUAACUUGGGAUUCAAGAUCGCUAUUUUUGAAGGCCAAAGAACUCCAUUCUUUCAUCUUUGUUGUUUGCAUACGGAAUGCGUUUCAUUUUAAAAUGUUGAUGUAAUUCAUAUGUUUUAACAACAUCAUUGAGGAUCUGCUGCGAUCCUAAAAUGUUGUACUGUAUCAUCGUUUGACGAUUUUUGAAAAUCACUUGUAUAUUGUAUUCAUGACGGUUGCGCUGAAAUAUUUCGCUUAGCGUUAAUUUGUAGGUGCAAGUUGGCGAGAUCUAACGAGCCUUGACAUCGUGCAUAUUUUGGUGUGAAUAUACGGAUUCACUUUGA